CAUCCACCUGUUAACCCAAGGUCCACGAAUGACGAUGAUGAGCCCAUACAUGGCACCUGUCAACACGACCUCCUGUUUUGAUCCUUUGUUGCCGUGCGGCUGAUUUUCCUGGAGCGCAAAAAAUGAAACCUUCUAGCGGAACAACGGGCUUCUUCCAACAAGCGCCUUCGCUCGAACAUCCCUUUCAAGACGACUAUGUUCUGCGCAGGAUAUUCGACCUUCAUUUACCUGCAUCCAUUCGCCGUGAAAUCUCGAGCGACCUCGACGCUUUCGGAUCAUUGGUUGUUAGUCCUUACGUGUACAGCCUGGUAGCCGACGCUGAGCGUAACCCGCCUUCCAUUUCUACACACACCACAUUCGGGGUCCCAAAAAGCGAGUUGCACACCGGUCGAGGAUGGCGGGAAUUGCAAGCCCUAGGUAUCAAAGAAGGCAUCGUAGCCAUCGGAUACGAAGGGAAGCAUGGCCAGUAUAGCCGCGUGCACCAAUUCUUAAAAAAUCACAUGUGGUCCCCGAGCGCUGCAAUGGUAACUUGUCCGUCGGCUAUGACGGAUGGAGCAGCAAGACUACUUAGCAAACACCUUGCUGGCAAUAGCGUGCAGCAAGACGUAUUUCGUAAAGCGUACGCGAAUCUUACGAGCCGCGAUCCUGCCAAAGCGUGGACCAGUGGACAAUGGAUGACUGAAAGAACAGGCGGCAGUGACGUUAGAGGUACAGAGACCGUGGCGACACUUUUAGAGAACGGCAAUGACGGAGCUAUGGAUGCACACGGCUCGCCUCUCGGACCAUACUCUAUAUCCGGAUUCAAGUGGUUCAGCAGUGCGACCGAUUCUAACAUGACCGUCAUGCUUGCCCAGACUGGCAAGGGCCUUGGAGUUUUCAUGGCUCCAAUGAGGAAGAGUUCGCCUGGGAAAGGCAGCGUUUUGAACGGGAUCACGAUUCAGCGCCUGAAGCCAAAAAUGGGCACCAAGCCUGUACCUACUGCUGAGCUUGUCUUGGACGGCACCCGUGCGUGGAUGAUCGGUGCCGAAAACACGGGUGUACGUGAGAUAGCGACUGUCUUGAACAUCACGCGUGUGUACACUGGUCUCGGCAGUAUCGGUUACUGGGGUCGAGGGUUAGCGAUUGCUCGCGCGUUUGCUCGCGUGCGAAAGGUCGACGGUGGCAAGUCGCUGGCUGAGAUGCCUGCACAUCUAAACACGAUGGCCAAAAACAUGGUCAACUACGCAGCCAUGAUGCAUCUUGGCUUCUUCGUGGUGUCCUUGCUGGGAAUAUCGGAAGAGCCAAAAGCAUACACCUCGGGGAAAUUCGGCAAGGCAAACAACUUGGUUUCUGAUCUGCCUGAGGCUGUUGCUUUGCUACGGCUCUUAACUGCUGUUAUGAAAGCUCAGUGCUCGAAGAUGGCCAUUCACGGAUUGCAGGAGUGCAUGGAAGCUCUUGGUGGUGUUGGGUAUUUGGAAGAUGAACAAGAGUAUAACAUCGCACGACUCUUCCGCGAUUGCAACGUCAACUCCAUCUGGGAAGGCACAACAGACGUAAUGGCCUGGGAUGUCGUUCGCGUCAUGAAAGGUCGCGAGGGAGACAGAAUUCGAGCUGUGUUGUUUGCCUGGGCUGAAAGACACGCGGACAGCUGGAAGGGUUCUGUCUGGAGCGACGCCGGCUUCCGACUCAAGAGCAGGGUCAACCUUCUGUGCGACGAAUGGUCUACUCAGGAUGGUGACGAGCUCAAGUUCCGAGGCCGCGACCUGCUUGAAGAGCUUGCUUGGAUUGUUGCAACUGUGUCAUUGGUAUCUGAUGCUUUGAGAGAUGAGGAUGAAGUGGCUGUGGAAAUCGCAAAGCGCUGGGUCGGAGGCUCAAACGUUGACUCAUUGAGUUUGUCUAGACCUGACUGGAAGGAAGUCUCAAAAAUGAACAAGAAAAUCGUGUUUGGCUCUGGACAUCCGACAGGGCAAGCUCGUCUUUGAACUAGUAGAGCUGGUAAUAGAGUAAUGAAUCGCACGUCGUAAGCAACGACAACUUUUCAACGGAACAAA